AUGAAAGGUGGAAAUCCCAUCCUUCAAGAUGCUUUCACGAUCCGUUUCAUUGGCCCUACUCAUGCACAAGGCCCACACUCUCCCACAGAAAAUCCUCGCCAUAUAUUUUUAUAUUCACUUGACUUCAAUGUUACAGCGCAAGUGAAGAAGGAAUAUACGCUAAACCCAAUCACACUCCCGGAAACUAUAGCAGCUUCUCUCCAAGCGGCGGCUACACUCAUGCAACGGACCCAGGUCAGGGCAUCAGCUCGGGUUAGAUCCUCACAGAGCGUUAGCAAGACUUUCGGCUACGAGCUAGCCGUCGCCAGACUGACAUGCUCUCUGCAGAGCGACUUCAAAGACCUAGCCCUAAAGUACGUCGAUGCCACCAAGAUCGCUGGUUUCGCCCUCGCUACCUCAACCCUUGUCGUUUUGGGAGCCGAUGCAGAAGGAGUGCCCAAAAGACUAACCUACGAUGAAAUCCAGAGCAAGACGUACAUGGAAGUGAAGGGAACGGGAACUGCAAACCAGUGCCCAACCAUUGAAGGUGGUGUAGAAACCUUUGCCUUCAAGCCAGGCAAGUACAGUAUGAAGAAGUUCUGCUUGGAGCCAACGUCGUUCACUGUCAAGGCCGAGGGUGUGAGAAAGAACGCCCCAGCUGAAUUCCAGAAGACGAAGCUUAUGACCCGUUUGACCUACACUUUGGACGAGAUUGAACGACCCUUCGAGGUUGUCCCCGACGGUACAAUGGUGCUAGAGGCAACACCAUUGAUAUUGAUAUUAAUAAUCAUUCGAGCUCUCUACUUUGCUAUUACAUAA